AUGCAGACUUCAGCCAGCGGUGCAGCAUCGCCCAGCAACGUUCCUUCUGUACCGGCUAGCGUUCCAUCUGCAGCAAACAGUAUUCCUUCUGCACAACUCAGUACCUCCACUGUUGGGGUCACCAUUACAGUCUCGAACGCCGGUGACACAAAAACCCAAGCAGUUGCGUCUACAGCAAACGUGGUCAAAGAGAGCUCAGUUAUCGUUCCCGUGCCUCAAGAUUCUGCUCAGUCAAGUGCCACUGGUGUUGAGUCGACAGGCACAGCUUCUCACAACAUGAACGUCCCAUCUGUCGGUACAGCAAACGCCGUUGCGCCUUCUACUUCGCCCUCUGCUCCAUCAGACCAAGCUUCACCCUCUGCUUCACUAAACCAAGCUUCGGCCCCUGCGCCAUCCGACCAGGCUUCACCUUCUGCUCAAAAGGGAAACACAGGUGACCGUCACAAUCCCGAUCGUCGAGACUCACACCGUGUGUCCAUCGUGCGAUAUCACUGCGGCGCCGUCUCCAGCAGUUACGAUGGACUCAGCCUCCCCAAUGUCUUCGCCCCAGGCUCUUACCUCUCCUGCGCUUCCAGCUUCGGAUGA